UCAAUCUAUUGAUAGCAAUUCUGGGUUCUCCAUCUCCAGAGGGUUUAAGAAAAGGUUGGACAGACACUUGGUGAGGAUGACUUGAUUGUUGACUUUUGCAGAGGAUUAAGCUAGAUGAUCCUUGUGGCCCAGCUCAACAAUUCAAGGCACUCACAGUUUUCAGGAAAAGCUGUAAAAAGCAGCAUGUCUAACACUGGACUGACUUCUAUUCAAGAGUUUUGUGCAGGCUGUCAUUCUUCCUGCCUUCCCUCUCCCACCACAUCUUUUCUGUCCAGCCUUGCACUGAGAUGUCUUCUUUUUUUGUUCUUUUUCUUAUUGCUUUUCUUGAAUGAGCCUAUGGCAUUGCCUGUCACCCUUUUCUCACCGGUCCUGAAAGACUUUCUCCCCUCAGUUGCUGGUGCUCCAGGAAGCAAGUGCCAAUAGUCAGGUAUCUGAAGAAUGUGAAUGCAGAGAAGAGGAGACACUCCUGACAAUAAUCCUGCCCUGGGGCCUGAAGGGCUUCUGGUGGCAACCAGCAUCUUAACUGCACCCAGAAGCGCACUGGAAGCAGCGUAGCUCAUACAGUGGAAGCUCUGCCAAUAACCGGGCUGGGGAUUCUGCUUGGGGAACAGGACAGGAACCGGCUGAAGCUCUUCCGGAAGGGCCAGAAUAUGAGCCCAGCCGACAUGUACCGGUGGAAGCUCUCCUCCCACGAGCCCUGCAGUUCCACUUGCACCACAGGAGUGAUGUCCACCUAUGCCAUGUGCAUCCGCUACGAUGGCACAGAGGUGGAGGACCCUUUCUGUGAUGCAGCUACGCGGCCUGAGCCCAUCCACGAGUUCUGUGCAGGAAGAGAAUGCCAACCCAGGUGGGAGACCAGCAGCUGGAGCGAGUGUUCCAGGACCUGCGGAGAAGGCCACCAGUUCCGGAUUGUCCGUUGCUGGAAGAUGAUCUCGCCUGGCCUGGACAGCUCCGUCUACAGCAACCUGUGUGAAUCAGCUGACAUCGCUCGGCCAGAAGAGAGGAAAGUCUGCAAGAACCCGGCUUGCGGGCCACAGUGGGAAAUGUCUGAGUGGUCUGAGUGCACAGCCAGGUGUGGUGAGAGAAGUAUGGUGAGCCGAGACAUCCGCUGUUCUGAAGAAGAGAGGCUGUGCGAUGCCAGCACCAAGCCAGCAGCUGAUAAGAACUGUACCGGGCCGCCCUGCGACCGGCAGUGGACAGUCUCUGACUGGGGACCGGUAAGUCUUUUGGGCAGAGGAGGAACUUGCUGACCAGGAGAGAGGGAG